AUGAGCCGAAAUCAGCAGCCCAACUUUCCGGUCAUUUACGAACUGCUGAAACAGCUCUGCCAGAAUCUUGCUGGAGACCGAUCGAACGAUGUGCUGAAAGAAGUGACCCGGCUCAUUGCGAACAAACCGAAUUCUAUCGCAUACCAUGGCACCACGUCGGUAGCAGCAAACGAAUCAACGAUAGUGGCUCGUAUCAACCGACUGCUUGCCUCUAGAAGCCAAGCCAGCGUGAACGUCUUCAAUGGUUUUUACGAGGAGCUGGUAGCAAUGACCGAGAGCAAACAACGGACUCCCAUUUUGGAAUUCCUUUUCCAUCUGGCCGAUUCGGACAAGAGUGCAAGUGCAAGCGGACUGCAGGUGGAUCUGCGAAACGACGUAGGUUUUGCAGGCACACUGGAUAGUGUGUUUUCGAAGCUUAGCGUAGACUCUGGUAUUAGCGGAAGCCAACGGUUGGUAAAAUCAAGGUCGGGUGGUACCGUUUCCGGUUCGACUGGCAGUCUCUGUGACACUAAAGCGCUGGUGGCGGAUGAUGCGCAACUACAGAUUGCCGAUCGGAACGAGCUGGAGGAUCUGCUGAUUCAGGACGUCAUAUAUGCGUGCACAGGCAUCGAGGGAAAGUAUCUCCGGAAGAACUUCGUUACAGGCGAAUUUAAGCUGGACCACAUUCAUGGCCGUAAUUUGAACGCUUGUGAUGCAGGCAUGCUGUUACGUUUGGCCGAGGUCGGCUAUUUCUACAACAAAGUGUGCAGGUUCACUAACCCCAAAAGUGAUUCCUAUUUGAUGGGCAACUUCGGACAAGGAUACAUAACUGCGCUGCAAAAAGAGCUAACCAACUAUUAUGGAUUGAUUGCGAAUCUUCAGGAGAAUUUGGACCGUCAGCGACAGGCGGGGGAUAGUGCCGAACGUAUGACAUUAAUUCGUACGAUGGUGUGGCUUGUAGAACCGAUGGAACGUUUGCAGUGGCUAGCAGUUAUCUCAGAAGCAUGCCGGGAGGUUAAAGGAGGCGCUCUCGCAUCGGCUAUUCACAAAUUUAUCUGGCACGGUGAUCCAAUGGUACGAACCAUCUCGCGGGAACUGUUACAAUCCGCAUGCAUACCGUUGCAACAGAUGCUUACGCAGUGGCUUACGGACGGUAAGAUCGUUGAUCCGCAUUGCGAGUUCUUCAUCGAAGAGCUGACGGACGUUGGGUACAAUCGGUUGUGGCACGAUGAGUUCCGCCUGCGAUCCUCAAUGGUACCUUCGUUUAUUCCGGAUUCGUUGGCGAAGCAAAUUUUGGUCAUAGGGAAAAGCAUAAAUUUCCUGCGCGAAAUAUGCAAAGAUCGGACCACGGUACCGGAACGAACAGAUCUAAAGAAAUGUCUAGACGAGCAUCUGGAUUAUUUGUACAGUCCGCACAAUAAUACGGAACUGCACGUGCUCAUCGACAGUGUGUAUCUGAAGACCUCCAAACGUGUGCUUGACAUUGUGCUCGGACCACAUCAGUUGUUCACCCAUUUGAAGGCAAUGCGUGACUAUCUGCUAUUAGGGCAGGGUAACUUUGCUGAUGUGUUGAUGGAAAAUUUAAAAGAAGAGUUGGAUCGUCCGGCCAAGGACAUCUACCAACAGGAGCUGUUCUCGAUUGUAGCAGCCGCCGUACGCAAAUCUGCCGACGAGCAAGAGGAACCCACUGUGCUGAACUAUUUAGACGUUCACUUUCUCAGCCCUUGUGAAGGUGACACCGGUUGGGACGUAUUCUGCCUAACGUACAAAGUGCAAGGACCGUUGGUAACAAUUUUCCAGCCAGUGCAGUGCACCUAUCGGGCGCUGUUCAAGCAGCUGUGGAACAUGAAGCGUUUCGAGUUCAUUCUGUACGGCAUCUGGCGCAACCAUAUGUUAAGCACGCGAUGCUACAAGCCUAUAGCAAACGAUAUCAGCGUGAUAAAGCAACAUCUCCAAACGUAUUGCUCGAAGAUGAUCAACAUUAUCUCGCAGAUGCAGUACUACAUACUGUACGAGGUAAUUGAAUGUUCCUGGGAACAGUUUAGCGCGCGGGUUAAACAGGUCAAGGCGCUUGACGAUGUGCUGGAGGCGCACGAUAAAUUUCUGGAACGUAUUCGCACCGGUAUCUUCCUGGACCAGUCGACCCAUUUGUUCAGCAGCUGCUUGGAGCAAAUAUUCACCUCUGUGCGCAAGCUGGACGAAUGGCAGAUGAAUUUUUACAAGCUGUGCAAUCGGGAAAUGGACGCAAGGAAAGCGUUCGAGGAUUACAUCAAAUCGAGCGAAGCGAAGGGAACUUACGGCGUGAAUGCCGAGCGAGCGCUUGAGCGCGACGAAGAGUUGCAGGACUUCGAGGCGAAGCUGCUGCAGUGUCAGAAAGUGCUCAAUGCAAUUGGGGUGGAGUAUGAAAACUCAGUGGGCCAUUUCCUGUAUCAGCUCGCUACAUCGCCGAUGGAAUCGUUACCGCAGUUGUGUAUGCGGCUGGAUUAUAACGAGUAUUACAAGCAUCGCGACGAACGGUUAAGCGUUCCGCUCACGUUUCAGCAUAUGCGCAAGAGCAUGGCAAAUAACUUUGGCCGCAAAUGA